AUGGCUCCAUCAGCAUGGCAUCGUAGGCUCGACCUUGUCUAUCUAGCAUUCUUCAUCAUUCACGUCCCUAUCAUGUUCGCAGUGGAUCUGUACCCUCUCUACCCACUUUCUCUACGGCCUCCGUUCCUGGCCGACCUACGCUCGUGGUACAUCGCCACGUACAAAGACCGUUUCUUCACGGAGGAGCAGCCGGCGUGGUUCUGGAUGUUCACCGUGAUGGAGGCUGGUUGGCACGUACCGAUUGGCUUGACUUCUAUCAAACCUCUUUGGAAAGGCGAUCACUCCCCAAUGCUCCAUCUCCGUCUCCUGCUCUUCGCCUUCCAAACGGCCCUCACAACCGCCGUCUGUGUCGUCGAAUACACCUCGUGGCCCGAGCUUUCCGCUGCCGAAAAGUCGAGCCUUGGCGGACUUUACAUCCCUUAUCUAAUUUUCUCUCUGGUGAUGUUUGCCGACAUGUAUGGAAGGGUCAAAGCACGAUUGAUGGCUACUGGAGAAUCCUCGCACAAGUCGAAUUCUUCAUGA